CGAUUCAGUAUUUUUAUAAGUUUGGUAAUUUCCGGUCAAGAAAACUAUUUUUUGUUUGAUUUAGAUGAAAUUUAAUAAUCAAGAUGGUGUUCUGUUCUGUGUUAAACUGCAAAAUCCAAUCAGGACAAGGGAUUGCAAUGUUCAAGUUUCCUGAAAAAGAUUUGGAAAGGAGACAAAUUUGGAUAGGCAAAGUAGCCUUGAAGAGAAAAGACUUUCAGCCAUCACCAUUUGCCCGUGUUUGUGCACGUCAUUUUACCAAUGAUCAGUUUGUUAUUGAUCCGUCAUUAGCUGUGUCUAUUGGGUACAAACCAAAACAAUUAAGAUUAAAAGAAAAAGCUAUUCCCACCAUUUUUGACAACUAUAGUCAUGAUAUGGGAGGUAUUGUAUUGACAACACAAAAACCAUGGAGAACACGAACAAAUUAUAAAACUUCAACAUCAGAGAAAGGUGUUAAGAGGAAAAAGAAAUAUAUGUAUGCGGAUGAAGACACUGAAGACAGUGACACUGUAUCAAGUAGUGAUACCGAUUCUUAUGUUGCACCAGAACAUUCCUCCUUACAAGACGAUACUGAACAGUUGAUUGAUAAAUCGCCUAAAUCCAUUUUAGGAUAUGAGACAGUUUCUGAAACAGUCAAUCGACUUAAGGAUUCAGCACCAAAAUCUACAACUAGCAAACAGAAACCCAAGAAAACAGCAUCAGAAAUACUUCAAGCUUGUAAACUUGAGGCUGAUGAGAUAUAUUCAAUAAAGUCUAAAUUACCUGAAUUACAAAAUAAGAAAAGGAAAAAAGUGAUAUGUGCAAUGUCAAGAAAGAAUGCUACACAAUCACCAAACUUUGUUGAGAAGAGAGUACUGGCAGCUAAUGGCUUGGGUGAUAGAGUGGUAGAAUUCCCUGUUGAUGGAGACUCAGAGGAUGUCACUUCCUCAAUAUUAAGGGAAUUUCCCAAACUUCAAGAAGGUGGUGGAUUCAUCAUGUACUGGGCAGACGAGAACAGUCGUAAUUUGAUAUUCCUGGCCUCUAGUGAAGAAAGUUGUAAUGUUGAUUUACUCUUCCAAAUGCAUUGUGGAAGUGUUUACAUCAAACCUGCUAAGAAUGAUCUUGAAAUAAAUAAAGAUUUGAUAUAUUACCAAGGUGAUAGUGAAACUUGGGGUGAAUGUCAGAUUUGUGGGAAAUUGUUCUUACUGGAAUACAUUGAGGACCAUGUAAACAAAUGCAGGACUCAUUAUGACGACAUGCUUCUCAAAGAAUUAGAUAUGAAAGAAGGAGCCAACAUUCCUUCACCAACUACAGAGCUUCAACUAUGUGUCACCAGUAAUCAUGUGACAACAAAGUUUGAUACUACAACCACAGUAGAGCCACAGCAUCCUAUUACAGAAACAAGUCCAGGAUUAGUGGAUACACAGCCUGGUAAUUCACUAACCAAUCAGACACAGACUAUCAAAAUCCAGCAGAUUUUGGGUUCAAAGACUGGACCAGGUGAUAAACCAGACCAGAUGUUAGUCGUUACUCAAGAUCCAGGCUAUGUAGAUAGCCUGAGGAGUAAUUUCUUUGCAAUGCAACAAGAGAAACAGUUAUGUGAUGUGCUGCUGAAAGGGGCAGACAACUCCUACAUUAAUGCUCACAAACUUGUCCUUCUAGCCAGUGGGAGCCCAUAUUUCCAUAACUUGUUAUCUGGUCCUCAAUCAGCCACCUGUAAUCCACAAGUCAUUGACUUUACACUUUAUCCUUUUCCCGUUUUAGAAUCAUUAAUAAGGUAUCUUUAUACUGGUGAAAUUAUGAUUCCUCGACCACUUGUCAGUAAAUUUAAUAAUCUUUGUGGCGUGUUGAAGUUGAAUGCCCAGAAUCUACUGAAACACUGUUUUGCAUCCUGUCCUCCUACAAGUAACUUUACUGUCAGUUUACUUGGUGCUAAGAAAUCAGAUUCCAUUGAACAUGUAGAAGAGAACCCUAAUUUAAGUUAUUUAAAAUCAAACCGAUUUGUCACUGCACCGAAAAGGCUUUCUGAAAAACUAAGGGACAUAAUUGAAAAGAAUGAAAAACUAUUUAAAGAUGUCGGAAUGAACAGUAAUGCUAAUUCAAAACUUAAAAGUAAACAAAAGAGAAGCUUUGAUAUUUCACAAGAGGAAUACCCAAUCGGUAAUGUGAUGGUAAAAUCUACAGUACCUAGUUUAAUAGUAACAGAGGAACAGAUUAAUGUUAAGACAGAACAGGAAGAGUUAUCUGUGGAACAUUCCUAUACAAACACUGAGAAUGCUAGCCCAAUGUUUAACAUCAGUCAAGAAAAUGACACACAGACUAUGUUGACCAAUGAUUACCUUGAUGAGGAUAACAGCAACAAACUUAAAUUCAAAACAAACUGUGACAUUACGUUAGUGUCUGAAGGUCACACAGUAGAUAAUAUAUCUGAUGUCGUUGUAAAAGUAGAAAAUGUAGACAUGGAAUCAGAAAAUAUUCACAGCGAUUAUGAAUCUAAAACAAUGAACUUGGAAUCGGAAAGUGCACACAGUCAUUACGUCCCAGAUAUAGUGAUAAAAACAGAGCCAUGUGAUGAUGACUAUUGGCAAAAGAGACCUGAAUUAGGAUUGGAGUUAGAAACAGAAAGUUAUGAUGGAUUGGGCAGUGUUACAGUAAAGGAGGAACCACUCACAUGAUAGAAAUUACAGGGUGGAAGAAGCAGUUCUGUGAAUAUGUUUGUAAAGGGCAACAAUUCUGUACAUUUUGGAAGAAGCAGUUCCAUAACUAUAUUUGAAAAAACAAACAAUUCUGUUCAUUUUACAGGAAGUAGAAAUCAGAUUUUGCUUAAACUAGAUUCAUGCUUCAGAACUGAGGAAGGCAUUGACUAAUUAUAAAUAUGAUGUUAUACAUUAGGGACUGGAUGGGGUGCUUCUAUUAUGAAUUUGUUAUUUUUGUAGUCCAUUUUUCUAUAUUUUUUCUAUCUUUUUGGUCUAUUAAUCUCAAUUCUUGAUUUUUAAUCAACUCAUUAUUCUCUGUUCUUUAUUUUUUUGUACUCAUUAUUUUAAGAUCUUUAAGCCACACCCAGAUUCUCACACAUGUAUGUCUUAGUUUUAAAAUUUCAGUUACACAGCUAACAUCAGGAAGUAUGGCUGUUUUAGACAUUUUUAUUCCCCACCUACAAUAGUAGAGGGGCAUUAUGUUUUCUGGUCUGUGCGUCUGUUCUUCUGUCUGUUCCUCCCUCCGUUAGUUUGUCAGUCUGUUUGUUUGUUUGUUCCUCUGUCCCGCUUCAGGUUAAAGUUUUUGGUCAAGGUAGUUUUUGAUGAAGUUGAAGUCCAAUCAACCUGAAACUUAGUAUAUAUGUUCCGUAUGAUAUGAUCUUUUUAAUUUUAAUGCCAAAUUAGAGUUCUGACCCCAAUUUCACGGUCCACUGAACAUAGAAAAUGAUAGUGCAAGUGGGGCAUCCGUGUACUGGGGACACAUUCUUGUUGACCAAUGUGAUAUAUUUACACCCCUUGCAGGAAAGGGUUACAACUAAAUUUAUAAGUUUUUUUUUUAUGAAAAUAAGAGUCAUUAAAGGUAUGAGAUCUUUUUAAUUUAGCUGCUUUUCUAUGUAUAAUAUUAUUAUUAAUUGUUAUUUGCUCUAAUAUGAUCUGUACAAUUGCAAUAUCAUUUCAUCUUGGAGAAUAUCUAAGAGAAUGUUUUUGUUAUGCCUUUUACUUAUCAUGCUUAUUUUGAUCUUUCAUUGAUUUUAUAUUUGUAUAUUUAUUUAUAUCUUAACGAUAAUUUCUUUAUCCACAGAUGAAAUUUUAUAGAAUAAGGAGUAGGAAAAUAAAAAAAUCUUGUCCUCCAAAUUUUUUAAACAAAUGAUAAAAAUUGUAUGUUUUAAGAGAUACAUUUUUUUCAGUGUAUGUAUAUAGAACUGAUUGGGUAAUUUAUCUCACAUUCUGUCUAGGUGAGAAAAAUUCUGCAUUUGCAAGUAUUUUAUCAAUUAUUUAUCGCUAAAUUUAUUUCAGUUAAUAAUUCUUAUACUAUAGAUAUAGCUUUUUAUGCCAACUCCAUUUUGAGUCAAAAUAAGAUUUUCCUGAAUUUUCUACAGUUUUUGUGUACAAUAUUUUUACACAUGUUGCAGGUACAAUACUGUUGUUAACAUUUAUAAAAUCUUAUGAUACAUUGUUACUUAUGUUAUUUCAAAUGUUACAAUGUACUCUAUGUCGUUGAGGUGAUGAGUACACAUUUUAACAUUAAAUUAUAAAAAAAAAUGUACAAUACAGUUUGUUGGUAUCAGAUUGUAUGAACCUUUGUUAUUAGUAGCAUUUUUAAUAAGCAACAAUUGUCUUUUCAUGUUUUGAGUCCCCUACUGACAAAGUUGAAGGGAACUUUAGUU